ACUAAUAGUGUGUGAUAGAUACUUAGACUUCACACACAUCUUCAGUUCCAAACAUAAUUGCUUGAAUAGUCAAUCCUAAAACUAACUCAUGCUGGUCUUACCUAUUGAGAGAAAUUAUCAAUAGAGAAUAGAGCUAUUUGUAGGGGCAGAAAAUGUAUAUCUGUCUGUCUGUCUGUCUGUCUGUCCAUUUAGUCUGUAUAUCCUUAUAUCCUUACAAUAGUUGUGCCAGGGAUCUUAUAGAGGAGAGAGCUGGGAUUAUAAAACUUGACCCUCUCUUUUCUCUUUUCUGAUUGUGUGUGUAUGUGUGUGUGUGUGUGCUCAUGUGUACUUGUGUAUAGGUGCUCAAGGAGCCCAGAUUGGCUAUUGGAUCCCUUGGAUGUGGAGGUACAGGUGGCUGUAAACUACCUGAUGUGGGUGCUGGGAAUCCAGGUCCCCUGAAAGAGCUGUAACUGCUCUUACUGAGUCAUUACCAGCCCUAAAGCUUUUCCAGCUACAAAGACAACCAUUGAAAGACCACACAAACAGGAAAAGCUUGUAGUUAGCUUACCCAACAACUUAUCUUUACCCUCUUUAUCUUGCAAGCUUCCUUAUCUUUUUUGUUCUUCAAAAUAAAAUCUGGGAAAAAAACCACCACCAGCCAACCAAACAAAAACUAUCUCUGGAUAUCUUACUAGACUAUUAUAUCCAGACUGAUGAGAGAUUUCUGGGUUAACAGGAUCACAUAGGACAUAGAAAACAAAACAAAACAAAACCUAUGUUGGGCCACUGGCCGACCAGGCUCGAGGUCAUUCCUUGGAAGGGGACACUUAGCUUCUCGGACAAAGAGAUCAAAUUACUUUAUCUUUAAACUUCUUUCCAGGUUCAUGCUCUUUUAAUUUUAAACUAUAAACUUUAAAUGAAGUGCGAGGUUUCGAUCGAGGACCACCAUUUCAAAAGACAAACAGAAAAGAAACCCGAUGACCUUAGAAGUGAAGACAGCUUCACAGCUGAGUUCUGAAUAUUUUCAGCGAAGCAAGACUCAGGACUACAACUCCCAGCAUGCUGCGCCCUAGACCAAUGUUUAUUGGCUAUCCCACUAGGUUUUGUGCAGAGUGACACUUAGUGCAGCCAAUAGAGAGGAAGACAGUUUCCAGGAUCCAAUCCAGACGCUGCAGAGGCGGGUACUCUCUGGGUUCCGGCUCCGGCUCUUCCCCCGCCCACCGAGGCGGCGCUGUCCCUGACCGAGCUGCGGGAGUGAGAAAAUCAACUGAGCGCCCAGCCUUGUGCUAUAGAAAGCUGCUACAGUGAUCCGGUCCCUUAAGUUGCUUAUACAUAACUAUUGAGAAGAGAUGUGUGAAAAAGGUUAGGAGAUGAGCAGCGAGAAGGAGCAGGGUCCCGAAGCACACCUGCCUGCGGAAGGGGAAGGGGCUAAGCCGUGGAGAGCGGAUGGCUCAGAGGAUUCUCAGAUCACAUCUGGGGAGGAACAUGGGCAGGAGAGCCUGUCCGAGGGGCUCCACGCAACGCAUCCACAAAAGCCACGGCAGAAAGUCACUGCCCAAGCUGGGGGCCCCGGGGACUCCGUGACGUUUUCAAGCCCAGAGACAGAUGAGAAGCCUUUUAUAUGUGCCCAGUGUGGCAAGACCUUCAACAAUGCCUCCAACCUGAGGACGCACCAGCGGAUCCACACUGGCGAGAAGCCAUACACGUGUUCAGAGUGUGGAAAGAGCUUCUCCCGGAGCUCCAACCGCAUCCGGCACGAGCGCAUCCACCUGGAAGAGAAGCACUACCAGUGUGCCAAGUGCCAGGAGAGCUUCCGGCGGCGCUCGGACCUCACUACGCACCAGCAAGAUCACCUGGGCCAGCGGCCAUACCGCUGUGACGUUUGUGGCAAGAGCUUCAGUCAGAGCACCACGCUGGCUGUGCAUCACCGAACCCACCUGGAGCCAGCCCCUUACAUCUGCUGUGAGUGUGGGAAGAGCUUCAACAACAGCUCCAGCUUUGGGGUGCACCACCGUACCCACACGGGCGAGAGGCCUUACGAGUGCACUGAGUGUGGGCGGACUUUCAGUGAUAUCUCCAACUUUGGUGCACACCAGAGAACGCACAGAGGGGAGAAGCCGUACCGGUGCACGCUGUGUGGGAAACACUUCUCCCGCAGCUCCAACCUCAUCCGACACCAGAAAACACACUUGGGCGAGCAGGAUGAGAAGGAUUCUAGCUAAAGGGGAGCCCUGCUUGGAGAGUGAGGGGAGCAUGGAGCCCGCCUUGAUGGGAGGAGGAGGCCUUCGGUCCUGCCGUGUCCUCCAGGAUUAUAAACCCUUCACUUGGCUGCGGAACAGCUCCUUCUCGCCUUUGCAGUCAGGAAAUCCUGAGAAGCGCCUGAGUAAAAAUCCUGCCUCUUCCCAACAGUUUCUUUGCCUUGGAAAAUCAUAGUGCCUGCUCUUCAUUUCCUCAGUGGAGGGGGAAAUGGGAAAGGUUCAGGACAUGCUCUUGUCACUGGGGUGUCAGUCCCCAGGCUUGGGGUAGUGCCUGAGAUGGUGUCAUUGUCUGCAGGUCCUCCAAAGUUGUCUAGCUUCACACACACGGCCUGUGAGUUCCUACCUGCUGUGCCUCACCCCGUGUCAGCCUCUAGAGCCUUAGGCUGGGGGCAUGGCCCUCCUGUUGACAGGCCUCUUCAGUCCGAGAAGAGGCUGUGGCCCUUCAGUAAGAAAGGAAGCCUCAGGGAUCCACAAUCCAGGGACCCUUACACUCCCAUGCUUUUACCUGGUUUUCUUGACUUUUACCGACUGUGUUUGUCUCCUCAGUGAUUACCAGUAAAACCAUUCAAUGGAAAGAACCUGUGUACUUAUUUGGGGGAUGUGGGGCUGGGGAGAUUGUCCCAGGGUAGCCAUUCUGCAAAAGUGUUGAGUUGACUUCUGAGAAGGUGGCAGUUCCUCUGAAAUGUGAGGGACAGCAGGGCUGAGCCUCUGGAGCCUUUGAAGAGGAUGGGGAGGGAAGUGGUCACCUGAAUGAGCAUCCACUGGAGGCUGCUGGUUGAACAAGCCAUUCUUUACCUCAUUCUGUUCCCACAGAACCCCUCCCAGGCCGGUGAACAGUCUAAAGGAAGGUCAUGAAGUGGGCGUGUGGUGGGACCUGUGUAAGCCUGGCUUUAGCUCAGACAUACGCUUUUUCAUAUGCUUUGUUGGCCUCUGAAGAAGGCUGGCCUACUUCCUAGGCUGGCCUAGAGGUGGGCGCAUGUGUGGCCUCUUGAUAACAACCUUAACCUCUUUGCUCUUGGAAGUCACAGCAGGAUAAGAACCUUUCAAACUUCAGACUAUUGAUUGGGCACUUUUGUGGCUAG